GAGGACGAUCUUCGUUUUCAUACGUUUAAAUAAAAAAUUUUUUUUAAUGUAGUUAGGCUCGUAACUCCAACUGUAUUGUAUAUCUUUUCUUCAAAAACUUCACAUUUUACUCUUCUUAAAAUAUUAAGACUGUUGAAUUUUAAUCAUUUUUACGAUUUUCAGUUUUUUUAGUUAGGCAGUGUCAGAAUAAUUGUCAGCACUGUUUAAUUUAGAACUACUAAAAUUUUUAUUGUUUACGAGGUCUUAUUAAUUUGAAAUACCUAUUUAAAAUCAAGGAAAAAACUCGGACUCAUGAGGUUAAAUAAGGAUGCUUUUUUUCUGAGUUCGGAUAGUUUUUAAUUCUUCAUCUUAAUUGUUGAGAAUUGUUAAAGUAAGUAGCUCACUGGAAAUAAAUGCUAAUAAAUGGUAAAACAAUAAUAAAAAUAAAUAUAAGUACCGUGUUAUACUGAAACCAAUACAUAAUUAACAAUGGCAUAUUUUUUUCUGUUAUUCUAAAUCAAGUGCAAGUUGAUGUACUAGCUUGGGCAAAAAAGCUAAUUUUGAUUUGCUGAAAAACCUUUUGUUCCACUAAUCAUCUUUAUUCAGUUUAAAUGGGCAUAAAGUAAAAAAAAAUUCCCUUGCACAAAGACACUCUGGCAUUGAUCACCACAAUGAAGAAUUCAUCAUGUGGAGAGGGCGCUUUAAGUUACCAGAUAAUUGGGGUGUAUGAAUUAUUUGUUCCAUCGGUCGUUACUUGAUGCCACGCUGGGAAAAAAGCACAAGCAGACACUCACAGAAUGAAUGGUUCACCAAAGCUGCUCCGUCUGAUUGAUGCAUCGCAGUCCUCAAAUAGUGCCUCGGAUUUUUGUGAAAGAAUGGAGCUUGCACAUGACAUUGCACCUAUCUGGACAAAUUAUUUGGGCAAAGACUCUGUGCUGCAACCUCUCUGGGACAGCUUGAGGCUAAACUACAAAGACUAUGUAAGAUCUCCACUUUUCCCCAUUGCAGUGACGGUCUCUUCCUAUUUCAUCUUCUGUGUCCCUUUUCUUGUUUGUGAUCUCAUGGGGGAUAGGUGGCCAGGGGUCCAACAAUUCAAGAUCCAGCCAAGCUAUCGGCCAUCAGCCUCUAACUUGCUGCAUUGUGCAGGAGUCACUUUGUACAACCAUGUGUUUCUUGUGCUCCCAGCAUCAGUAGCCCAGUGGCUAUGGAGGCCACCUGUGGACCUACCAGACCAGGCUCCCACUCUGCUGGAGCUGAUUGUUGGGGUAACAGGAAACAUCCUACUUUUUGACUUCCAGUACUUCAUUUGGCAUCUGCUCCAUCACAAGAUCCGCUGGCUGUACGUCACCUUCCACGCCAUCCACCACAAGUACCACUCUCCCUUUGCUCUUGCCACCCAGUGUCUGGGUGGCUGGGAACUGGUCACAGUGGGGUUUUGGACAACCAUGAAUCCCCUGAUCCUCAGAUCACAUUUACUCACCACAUGGGCUUUCAUGGUCAUUCAUGUGUACGUUUCAGUGGAGGAUCACUGUGGCUAUGACUUUCCCUGGUCCACAUCACGUCUAAUACCGUUUGGCAUCUAUGGAGGACCCAGUAAACACGAUGUGCACCACCAGAAACCCAACUCCAACUUUGCACCUCACUUCAGUCACUGGGACAAAAUAUUUGGCACACAUGCUGAAUUUAGCUUCUGCAAAACAAAUAACUAAAGUGUGUUUGACAGCAGCUCCAUAAUGUGUUUAACUUACUGACUGUGCUUGAGAUUUCUCUUAACUAAAUGGAGGCAGGCAACACUAAAGAUUUGUAACUCUGUUCUAUAAGACUUUGUGAAACAUGUUAAAUUUGUCAAAUUAGCUUGACAAUAAAUCUUAAUUUUAAAUGUUGUCAUAAGCAUUCUAAUCAGUGAAGCAGUAUUUUGGGAUGUUUUACUUACCUUACUCUUAAUUUAAUCCUGACCUUUUGUACAUUAUACGGUUGUUCAAGUAUUUUAGAAUACGCUCAAAACUAAUUUUAUAACAACAGGAAGCAAUUGCCUUUAAUAUAAUUGACAAUGUGCUGAGAUCACAAACAAGUUUAUUUACUCUAGAUUUGUUUAAUUGCUCUUAUGGUCCAUCCUAAACCUUACAUUUAAUUUUUCUACACAUUUCCUUAUAUUGAUAUUUAUUUAGCCUAUAACUGAUUUGUAUAUUUUGAGGUUUUGUAACCUGAACAGUAAUCUGAGACCAAGAUGGCAGUGUUUUAUGUAUGAAUGGGGCAAAAUAAAUAUUUAUUUGGCCACUAGAUACCAUUAAAGCAUUGUUUUUUUCCCACUUUAUG